CUGGGUUGUCUUCUUCUGUUGAUUCCUGGGACUGUUGAUGUUGAUCUGUCCCAAAUUCUCUGCGAGGGAGAGAUUUUCUUCAGAAUUUGUUGGGUUUUUUUGAAUUUCGGUUGACAAUUGGGGUCUGAUCGGCGGAGUCAACAGACUUUCUGCGCCUUGUGAUUGGAUCUGGUUGCGAGUUACAAUCGCGAGAUCAUGAGGAAUUGUUCGAACGAAAAUUGGGUCCUCUCUGUCCAUCAUAUUUUGAGGUUUAUGGGCUUUGUUUGGUGCAGAAGUUCCAAUUUUUAAUGAAACAUUCAAUCAGAGGAAGCUCAAAUGAGAGUCAUCGUUAAUCUUGAGGAGAGAAGAAGAAAAAAAUUAGUUGAUUUUGGUACCAAACUCUUCUCUAACCGGCAGUGCUCACGCUGAAGUCUUUUUUCGUAUUAAAUGAGCCUGUGAUACAAGCACAAUUCUCCAGUGAUCGAUCGAUAUAUUGGGUCACGCGUAGAAGGACCAGCAAGGGUAUGCAUUUCCUCAGCUAUGGUGCAGAAGAAGAGGCUGGACAAUAGAUCAAUCGGCUUUCAGGUCUCGACCAUACCUCGAGCUCCCAGAUCAGCUAGGAGGAGGGGCUUGCACAAGAAGACAGCGGAUAAUAGCGAUGUUUGCCCUAUUGAAUUGCUUGCCUCUUUAGCUGGCAAGUUGCUGCAGGAGACUGAAAGUUCUGCCUCUAAUACUGCAUCUGAAGAGAACGAUCAGAUAGCAAUCCAUAAAGAUUCCCCUAAAGAUCAAAUUCGGGAUGAGGAUAAACCAUUGAAAUCAGAAGAGCAGGGUAGUUGUGGAGAUGGUGUCUUUAUGACAGAGCAGGCUUCAGAAAUUAGCCAGCAAAAGGAUUCCUUGAAAAGAUCUCCAGAAGUUGAGAGCGAUGCCCUCUGGGAUUGCAGUUCAGUGUUUACCGGUUCGGCUUGCUCGGAAAAGGAAAGUAGUGAUGCAAAGUCUACAAUUAGCAAAAGCAUCUUCCUUGAUUCUGGGCCUUUGAAAUUUGAGAAGCCGGUAGCUGUUGUCGAGAAAGUAGCUGAUCUGCCCAAUUUGAAGGAUUCAAUGGGAGAUCAUGUUAACAUGCCAUGUUUUACUAGUGCCUUUUCUCCCAGGCAAAACAAUGGCAUGAAAUUAGAUAGAAAAGAUGAUGACGAAAACUUUUCCCGUUUCAAUAAGUCUCAAACCACCAAACCCAAACCAUAUCGGCACUCUCAGCAUAUUGUAGACUGCAGAAUAAGGAAGCUGCUUAAUUCCAAGCACUGGAAUGUAGCUCCACAGUUGAAGGAUUGCGAACAUUCUAAAGCUGAUGGAGGUAGGAAGCUUUCAAAUCUAAAGAGGAGAACCUUUUACAGCCGUGAAAGGUACCAUCGUGACUUUCUCCACAAGAGAAGGAAGCUGCUUCAUGGAAGUUCCAUUAUGAUCUCUGAUGGCAUCCUUAGCAGCGAUAAUGAUUCCAGCUGUCAUCAGAAGGUUAAGAAUGGAGAAUGUGGGGCUUUUUCUCCUCGAUCAGGUGAUCUAGCAUCUUUUGAUGCCAAGAAUUCUCAUGUUAAAUUUAGCAUCAAAUCUUUCAAGAUACCCGAGCUCUUUAUUGAUGUCCCUGAAACGGCAACUGUCGGUUCACUGAAGAGGACUAUUAUGGAGGCUGUAACUGCUAUCCUUGGAAGAGGACUCCGCGUUGGUGUCCUGCUACGAGGCAAGAAGAUUCGUGACGACAGCAAGACUCUGCUUCAAACUGGAAUCUCCUGUGAAGGGAAUCUCGACACGCUUGGUUUCACGUUGGAACCUAAUCUAACACAACCUCCUCCAACUAAUAUAGCUCCUGAAGAUUCUCCUUGUACAUUACCGUGCAGGGCUCCCCAGCAACUAACGGGGUCUCUGGAAAAACCCAUAGCAGACAUGGGACUGGGGGCUUCUGAUCCUGCAUCUGACCCAGCUAACUUGACUGACAUGUGCAAUAACAACGUAGAUAAUAGCCAUGAACUUAUUGUUUCUUCAAAUCCUAAUAUUGCAACUGACACACCCCAGUUGGAAUCAAGAGCAAUUGUUCCUCUUCCCGAGACAAAUCUCGAGCCGCUAGCUAUAGUUCCAGCUAACCAGAAGAAUAAGCGUACUGAACUCUCUCAGCGUCGCAUUAGGAGACCCUUCUCUGUCUCGGAGGUGGAAGCACUAGUUCAGGCUGUUGAGGAACUCGGAACUGGAAGGUGGCGUGAUGUUAAGUUACGUGCUUUUGAGAAUGCAGACCACCGAACUUACGUGGACUUGAAGGAUAAAUGGAAGACGCUAGUUCACACAGCAAGCAUAGCUCCACAACAAAGGAGGGGGGAACCGGUCCCACAGGAGCUCCUGGACCGAGUGAUGGCCGCUCACUCCUACUGGUCUCAGCACCAAUCGAAGCAGAACGGGAAGACCAAUGCUAUCGCCGGGUCUCCUCUGAAGAUCACCGAUGGUUCUGCUGCUCUUACUGGGAUUGGAGUUGAAGGUAUUUGAUUGACAGUAGCAACAGUUGCGGAUCUGAUGGCCUGGAAGUGUUGUACAAAUUGUUCAAAAAUUUCAUGUACCAUGAUGCUCACUCUCUCUCACUCUCACUCACACGAUUCUUUGCCGAGUUCCUCCGUCAUAGGAGGGAUGCCGGUGUUUUUUGUAAAUAGUUGGUCGAAUAAGUUCUUGUAACCGGAAUUUAUUACACCUUUCUGAUUCAUUUGUUGCAAUUUCUGUAAAGUACAUUUCAAAUUGAUGAAAACAGGUCAUUUGUAGUAUCAGCUUCAUCAAGUUAUUUAUGAAAUACAAGAGUUAUUUUUUCAAGUGUA